AUGGCUGACGCUCUUUAUAAUGAUGAACCGAAAAUACCACCUGACACGUUUGAUUUUCCAAUAGUUUAUUUAUCUGAUCCUAAUGACGUGUUGAAAAUAAAAAAUUAUUUGGAAAGCCAGGAUAGAGACGUUAAUAAAACUAUCAUUAACAAUGAUAACAUUCAUAGUGAACAAAAUCAAACAAUAUCUUAUCGCGUUAGAGCUAUUUUAGUUCCCAAAACUAGUUUGUUUCCUGGAGUAUGGGAAUUCACUUUAAUUGUUGUUGUCGUGUUAUUAGCGAUUUCUUUUCUAACAUCAGCUGCUUCUACAUGUGCUAUUUUUAGUGGCGAUGGUAUUGAAACCAAAUUUCAAACUAAACGCGUAUUACGUCAUCCAAAUUGUAAUUGUGUUCAGGAAAGACCUUCUCUUAUAUCCACGUCGACAUCCAUGUUUUCCUCGUAA